UCUGCUGGGACUGCUGUCCGGGCUCUGCUGCUUGGCUUGCAGUCUCCACAGUAGCUCUUGUUUUUGUGUGUGUGAGACACCACUUGAACACUUCACACGACCGGAGACAUUAAGGGACAAAUUAGCUUGUCGGCUUCGUGGGAAGAGCGAAGGACACGUUGUGGACGAAUGAAGAAACCUUGUUUCAGAGGAAGAAGACAGAGUGGCUGCCUGACUUUACUUCCAACCAGCGUCAACGCUACUUUGAUGCAGCCGCUUAGCUAACAGGCUAACUGGGAAUGUUUUCAGAAAUUAGCCUAGUCUGCUAGCUUGCUAGCUAGCUAAAUCGAAUGGAGAGAUUUGCUGUAGAGAUUUAGCAGACUGUAAUAAUAAUAUGUUUUUAUCUUUCGGUACAUUAAGUGAAAGAACCGUGGAGACGUCUCGAGCCGGGUAUGUUGGAUGUUUAGGGCUCCAGUGCCCGCUUGGUUGCUAAUUCCCAGAAGGGACAAUAGUUAACUGCCCAGUCAACAAGUCUGGUACACACUACUGCUUUAACAUCACUCAAGGAGUUUGUAACGUACUCUUUCUGUGCAGUGUUGUUAUCAGUUGUCACAUGGUUCUAGUUAGCUAAACAUGAACACUGUGGUAACAAUUAGCGUUGUGGAGCACAGUUUGUAGGUGAUGGUAUACAAAGGAGAGUUGGGUGCUACUUUAACGUUAGAUCUCAAUUUCUAAGUGGAUCAAGUCACUGGUGCACACGAGACACCGAUGCCACUUAGUCGAUACAACUACUGAUGAGGAGGCGAGGUUGGGUGAACAUUAUAAAUCGCCCACAUGCUUUGGAUCAGGUCCCGGACUUGUGAAAGGCAUCUGAAGCAAGAGGUGGGAGAAGUGAGCGCGCGACCCUUGCAGCCCGUGGGAAGAUGGCGGAGAAACGCUCCCGCAGGAGGUGCUGAAACCCAAAACUUGCAGACUUCUCGGAUUUAUCGCCAGACAUCUUAUCUCAGAUCGGAGGACACAUGCAGGCCAAAAAACGGUACUUAACUCUGUUCUCCGCCGGCGCGUGUCUCAUUCUGUUGUUUUGUUUUGGGGGGAUACAAGUCCCGCUGUCCCGGGGGGGUCCCAGCCGGCGCGAUGACCGCAGCCUCACCGGCUAUCGUCCCGGGGCGCGGUGGCGUCACUUCCCGGGGUCCCUGCGGCCCUUCAGCACCUGGGAGCAAGACCGGAGCGAUGAACACACAUCUCCCAGACAGAAGAGGGACGCCAACUCGGGCUUUCUCAGCGGGAAAAGCUGCAGAAUGGAGUCCUGCUUUGAUUUCUCCCUGUGCCAGAAGAACGGAUUUAAAGUGUACGUCUACCCGCAGCAGAAAGGGGAGAAGAUGUCGGAGAGUUAUCAGAACAUACUGUCCUCUAUCGAAGGAUCCAUGUUCUACACGCCUGACCCGGGACAGGCGUGCCUGUUCGUCCUGAGUUUGGACACUCUGGACCGGGACCAGCUUUCGCCCCAGUAUGUGCACAACCUGAAAGUAAAAGUCCAGAGCCUUCAUCUGUGGAACGGGGGCAAAAACCACAUCAUCUUCAAUUUGUACUCGGGCACCUGGCCGGACUACACGGAAGACCUGGGCUUCGACAUCGGCCUCGCCAUGCUGGCCAAGGCCAGCAUCAGCACCGAGAACUUCAGGCCCAGCUUUGACGUUUCCAUCCCUCUGUUCUCCAAAGAACACCCCAGGACGGGAGGGGAAAGGGGCUACUUGAAACAUAACACCAUUCCCCCUUUUAGGAAGUACAUGCUUGUUUUUAAGGGGAAGAGGUACCUAACCGGUAUAGGUUCAGACACCAGGAACGCUUUAUAUCAUGUCCAUAACUCUGAGGACGUGGUCCUCCUCACCACCUGUAAGCACGGGAAGGACUGGCAGAAGCACAAAGACGCACGCUGUGAUAAAGACAACACAGAGUAUGACAAGUAUGACUACAGAGAGAUGCUGUACAACUCCACGUUCUGUCUGGUACCUCGAGGACGGCGGCUGGGUUCCUUCCGCUUCUUGGAGGCUUUGCAGGCAGCCUGUGUGCCAGUGAUGUUGAGUAAUGGCUGGGAGCUGCCCUUCUCAGAGAUCAUCGACUGGAAUACGGCAGCCGUGAUUGGAGAUGAAAGGCUGCUACUACAGAUCCCGUCAACAGUGCGCUCCAUCCACCAGGAUAAGAUCCUGUCCCUGAGGCACCAGACCCAGUUCCUCUGGGAGGCUUAUUUCAACUCUGUGGAGAAGAUAGUACUGACCACACUGGAGAUCAUCCAGGACCGGGUCCUGCAGCACAACUCCAGGAGUAACCUCAUGUGGAACAGUCUGCCCGGAGGCCUUUUCACCCUGCCUCAGUACUCCACGUACCUGGGAGACUUUCCCUUCUACUACGCUAAGCUGGGUGUUAAGCCCUACACCAAGUUCACCGCGAUCGUUCACGUGGUGAGCCCACUGGUCUCCCAGUCCCAGCCGGUCAUGAAGCUCCUCGUGGCUGUGGCCAAAUCCCAGUACUGCGCUCAGGUGAUCGUUCUGUGGAACUGUGACAAACCUCUUCCUGCCAAGCACCGCUGGCCUGUCACCUCAGUUCCUGUCAUUGUUAUAGAAGGAGAAAGCAAGGUGAUAAGUAGCCGCUUCCUGCCCUACGACACCAUCCCCACCGACGCUGUGCUCAGUCUGGACGAGGACACUGUGCUCUCCACCACAGAGGUGGACUUUGCCUUCACGGUGUGGCUAAGUUUCCCAGACCGCAUUGUCGGUUACCCGGCCCGCAGCCACUUCUGGGACAGCAACAAGGAGCGCUGGGGCUACACCUCCAAAUGGACCAACGACUACUCCAUGGUGCUGACCGGGGCUGCCAUCUAUCACAAAUACUACCACUAUUUGUACACCACCUACCUUCCAGCCAGUCUGAAGAGCAUGGUCGACCAGAUGUCAAACUGCGAGGACAUUCUGAUGAAUUUUCUGGUGUCGUCUGUGUCUAAACUACCGCCCAUCAAGGUCACCCAGAAGAAACAAUACAAGGAGACCAUGAUGGGACAGAGCUCCCGGGCGUCUCGCUGGGCCGACCCGGACCAUUUUGCCCAGCGUCAGACCUGCAUGAACAAGUUUGCCAGCUGGUUUGGCACCAUGCCCCUGGUCCACUCUCAGAUGAGGCUGGACCCGGUACUGUUCAAAGACCAGGUGUCCAUACUGCGGAAGAAGUACAGGGACAUCGAGAGACUAUAACCCUUCCGAAGACACCCCCCCCUCCCCCCCGGCUCUCUGGACGCUGGACAAAGACAGAGCGAAGGGGGGCGGUGACGAAGAGAAACACGGAGCCUCUCCAUGAUUGCACGGCUGGAUCAACAGGAGUGGGCACAGGAGUGGGCAGGAGGAACAGAUGUGGAGGUCACCACAUGCAUUGGUCUGCUCCGUUGUGUCCAUUUCUCCUUUCUACCCUUUCUCUUAUGUGUAUAGCUGAGCACACGCUAUGAGGACCACCUACUGAAGGACACCAGAGGACGGCUCGUCUUUGAACUGUUGUGGUCAAAGUCAUGGAGUCGGCGAUCAUAGCUGCUUCCGUGUCCCGACUCGCCUGUUCUGCUCUGUGCACACAGGUUGCUGAAAAGUCUUUCAUGACAGAAAAUUCUUGAUGAUUAUGAUUAUGAAGAGGAUGACACUAUUUUGGAUUGUGUUUAGCUAUUUUGUUUUGUUUAUAUACAGUGAAUGAAUGGCCAGCACUUCUCUCUGUGUUGUCUUAAUUGGAACCAAUAGCAGGUGGGCAAAGAGGAAUGAGUUCUGAUCGUUUGAUUUGACAUUCACAGUGCCUCAAGUUUGUCAAAGGAAAGGUUGUUAUGCAGAAGGAGCACAUUGAUCUCGCUGCUUUGUGUUUUUGUUUUUGUUUCUCAUGAUUGGCUUUAUGAUUUAUGGAAUAAUGGAUCUCGUAGUAAAGUCUUCAGGUCAGCAUUUGCAUUGCUUCCUUGCUAAAGUUUAAAUUUAUUUGUAUUCAAUUGACAAAACAAAACAAUUAUUACGUGCCAUUCUGACAUAUUUUGUUUUCACGGUAAAACUACAACAGUGUCACACAACUCUCUAACUUCAUUGGAGCUAGAAGUCGUUGGACGAGCUAGAGUCGGUGCUGGAAUAUGUGCUGGCCUGAAGAACAAUAGAAGAUCACAAGAGUUGCCUUGGUGUGAAGGGAUGCUGAGCUUGCUAAUCAAGCCAACCCGUGGUCUGUCUGAAACACGACCCACUGUGAAAACCCGGGAAUGGAUCUUUUGGGGCUUUGUUAGCAGACGAUAUUUAUAUACGGCCAUUGUCUUCAUGCCAUAGACCCAAUUCAUGUCGUCCGGUGACAAGUACUUGACGUGGGCUUACACUGCGUUCAUCUCAGAGCAUCAAACUGUGCUCGGUGCUUUCAACGUCCGAGUUGGCAUCAUACUAAAUAGACUGCUGUGUUUCCCCCACUUGUUGUGAACAAAUGGGACCAGAUUGGCAAGAAUUCUCCAAAGUGUAUCUCUGACUAUCGCAGCCAUUCAUCUCUGAGGUUCGGGUUGGUAAUGUGCUCAUGGGCUUGGGACAAAUUCAAGAGGCAAACCAGGAUGUUAAAGUUCCAUGACUCGAUAUUCAUAAUUUUCAUUUUCUUUGUUAGUUUUCUCAAUCUGAUGUUUGUAUCUAAUUUACUGCAACUCUGUAGGUGGAAUGGCAAGAGUCCGUGGAACAGGAAAGAUCUUUAUUUGUUAUUUUUCUAAGUGUUUGGUUUCAUCAACAAUCAUGCUUCGUUUUUGUUUUUUCCCCCCUGUCCUCAUACGUCAUAUCGGGUGAUCUGAAGAAUGUUGACAGAAUUUGAUAAAUUUAGACUGUGCACCUGUGUUUCUGAAUCCCAGUCCAUCUGUCCCUGAGGUGUCCCUGUAAAGCCAGCAGCGUUUCUGUAGAAGGCUAACAAACACCUGCCCCGAAGAAAUGAUCAUUUCGGUAUGUUCCAUCUCUCUGUACCCAUCACCACUAUAUGUGCCAAUACAUGGUUUUGCUUUUUUUUAAAUUUAUUUUUCAGUUCAUACAAGGAAUGCUGUGAAUUCCCAGAAAACAUCUCCUGUCUGUAUAAGUGAGAAAGAGGGGGGAGGGGGUGGGGGUGAAGGUGAAGGAAUGGUGUAUGUGUGAAAGGAAGGAGCUGCAUGGUCUUUUUUUCACAGCUUGAUAGCAAAUAAACAAUCCUAGUAUUACUAAACACAGCGCUAUCAAACAGCUGAAUAUGGUCGUAAACAGAAUCACAUUUCAGAAAUGAACUUGCUGCAAUAUUUAAGAUGACAUUUUCUCUUUAUCUCCUUUGUGUUGUUUCAGAGGGCUAGGGGGUUAUUAUAUAUAUUGAUGUGCCUUCAGAAGAAAUACACUUAUUAGAUUUUCUUUUUUCCCCCCCAUCAGCCUUGUGCAAGAAACAAGUCCCUGUUUUCAUUUCUUAGUAGAUUUAUUGUUUUCUUUAUCAACAUCCAGUAACACAUAAUGGCUCCCUAAAUGAUUUUGUUUAACACUGGAAUGCUACUAAGACUUAUCACCACACACCUGAUACUGACAUUCCUGCCUUCUUUCUGUUGUAGGAACUUUCUUUUUCUGUUUUUCUUUACACGUACGGCCUUGUAUUACUUUACUUCCUGGUUGACGCAAGUAUAGUAAUACAUGUAACACACGUAAUUCAAUCAUACACAGUAUUUGUCAGACAGGACUGAAUCUCUGCCUGCUUCCUUCCCUCUCUUCUGUAACCGCAGACCUAAUUUUAUAGAGAUUAAAAUGGAAAGAUAGA